GGGCAUCGUUGGUAGAGCGCUAGUGUAAACAGCCUGAGGAACCCGGUGGGCCGGGGAAGUGGGCGCGCUCUGUUCUCCGCGGCCAGCCGGGACGCCGGGCCAGGUGGGGCCGCCUGCGUUUAGCAACUGCUUUCUCACCCCCUGGAUUUGCGAUGUUUGCCACAGCAGCGAGAAGCGCCAUUGUAAUAGGGAUGGGAGGGGUGGAGCCUCCAAGUCCUGUCUCAAUUUAGAUCUCUCACUCUGCUGUUAGGCGCGCCCAUUUCAGAUUACUAAACUCGAAUUAAGAGGGAAAAAAAAAUCAGGGAGGAGGUGGCAAGCCACACCCCACGGUGCCCGCGAAUUUCCCCGGCAGCGGACUGUAGACCAGGCAGACGCCGUCGAGAUGCAGGGCCCGCCGCUCCUGACCGCCGCCCACCUCCUCUGCGUGUGCACCGCCGCGCUGGCCGUGGCCCCCGGGCCUCGGUUUCUGGUGACAGCUCCAGGGAUCAUCAGGCCCGGAGGAAAUGUGACUAUUGGGGUGGAGCUUCUGGAACACUGCCCCUCACAGGUGACUGUGAAGGCGGAGCUGCUCAAGACAGUAUCAAACCUCACUGUCUCUGUCCUGGAAGCAGAAGGAGUCUUUGAAAAAGGCUCUUUUAAGACACUUACUCUUCCAUCACUACCUCUGAACAGUGCAGAUGAGAUUUAUGAGCUACGUGUAACAGGACGUACCCAGGAUGAGAUUUUAUUCUCUAAUAGUACGCGCUUAUCAUUUGAGACCAAGAGAAUAUCUGUCUUCAUUCAAACAGACAAGGCCUUAUACAAGCCAAAGCAAGAAGUGAAGUUUCGCAUUGUUACACUUUUCUCAGAUUUCAAGCCUUACAAAACCUCUUUAAACAUUCUCAUUAAGGACCCCAAAUCAAAUUUGAUCCAACAGUGGUUGUCACAACAAAGUGAUCUUGGAGUCAUUUCCAAAACUUUUCAGCUAUCUUCCCAUCCAAUACUUGGUGACUGGUCUAUUCAAGUUCAAGUGAAUGACCAGACAUAUUAUCAAUCAUUUCAGGUUUCAGAAUAUGUGUUACCAAAAUUUGAAGUGACUUUGCAGACACCCUUAUAUUGUUCUAUGAAUUCUAAGCAUUUAAAUGGUACCAUCACGGCAAAGUAUACAUAUGGGAAGCCAGUGAAAGGAGACGUAACGCUUACGUUUUUACCUUUAUCCUUUUGGGGAAAGAAGAAAAAUAUUACAAAAACAUUUAAGAUAAAUGAAUCUGCAAACUUCUCUUUUAAUGAUGAAGAGAUGAAAAAUGUAAUGGAUUCUUCAAAUGGACUUUCUGAAUACCUGGAUCUAUCUUCCCCUGGACCAGUAGAAAUUUUAGCCACAGUGACAGAAUCAGUUACAGGUAUUUCAAGAAAUGCAAGCACUAAUGUGUUCUUCAAGCAACAUGAUUACAUCCUUGAGUUUUUUGAUUAUACUACUGUCUUGAAGCCAUCUCUCAACUUCACAGCCACUGUGAAGGUAACUCGUGCUGAUGGCAACCAACUGACUCUUGAAGAAAGAAGAAAUAAUGUAGUUAUAACAGUGACACAGAGAAACUAUACUGAGUACUGGAGUGGAUCUAACAGUGGAAAUCAGAAAAUGGAAGCUGUUCAGAAAAUAAAUUAUACUGUCCCCCAAAGUGGAACUUUUAAGAUUGAAUUCCCAAUCCUGGAGGAUUCCCGUGAGCUACAGUUGAAGGCCUAUUUCCUUGGUAGUAAAAGUAGCAUGGCAGUUCAUAGUCUGUUUAAGUCUCCUAGUAAGACAUACAUCCAACUAAAAACAAGAGAUGAAAAUAUAAAGGUGGGAUCGCCUUUUGAGUUGGUGGUUAGCGGCAACAAACGAUUGAAGGAGUUAAGCUAUAUGAUAGUAUCCAGGGGACAGUUGGUGGCUGUAGGAAAACAAAAUUCAACAAUGUUCUCUUUAAUACCAGAAAAUUCUUGGACUCCAAAAGCCUGUGUAAUUGUGUAUUAUAUUGAAGAUGAUGGGGAAAUUAUAAGUGAUGUUCUAAAAAUUCCUGUUCAGCUUGUUUUUAAAAAUAAGAUAAACCUAUAUUGGAGUAAAGUGAAAGCUGAACCAUCUGAGAAAGUCUCGCUUAGGAUCUCUGUGACACAGCCUGACUCCAUAGUUGGGAUUGUAGCUGUUGACAAAAGUGUGAAUCUGAUGAAUGCCUCUAAUGAUAUUACAAUGGAAAAUGUGGUCCAUGAGUUGGAACUUUAUAACACAGGAUAUUAUUUAGGCAUGUUCAUGAAUUCUUUUGCAGUCUUUCAGGAAUGUGGACUCUGGGUAUUGACAGAUGCAAACCUCAUGAAGGAUUAUAUUGAUGGUGUUUAUGACAAUGCAGAAUAUGCUGAGAGGUUUAUGGAGGAAAAUGAAGGACAUAUAGUAGAUAUUCAUGACUUUUCUUUGGGUAGCAGUCCACAUGUCCGAAAGCAUUUUCCAGAGACUUGGAUUUGGCUAGACACCAACAUGGGUUCCAGGAUUUACCAAGAAUUUGAAGUAACUGUACCUGAUUCUAUCACUUCUUGGGUGGCUACUGGUUUUGUGAUCUCUGAGGACCUGGGUCUUGGACUAACAACUACUCCAGUGGAGCUCCAAGCCUUCCAACCAUUUUUCGUUUUUUUGAAUCUUCCCUACUCUGUUAUCAGAGGUGAAGAAUUUGCUUUGGAAAUAACUAUAUUCAAUUAUUUGAAAGAUGCCACUGAGGUUAAGGUAAUCAUUGAGAAAAGUGACAAAUUUGAUAUUCUAAUGACUUCAAGUGAAAUAAAUGUCACAGGCCACCAGCAGACCAUUCUGGUUCCCAGUGAGGAUGGGGCAACUGUUCUUUUUCCCAUCAGGCCAACACAUCUGGGAGAAAUUCCUAUCACAGUCACAGCUCUUUCACCCACUGCUUCUGAUGCUAUCACCCAGAUGAUUUUAGUAAAGGCUGAAGGAAUAGAAAAAUCAUAUUCACAAUCCAUCUUAUUAGACUUGACUGACAAUAGGCUACAGAGUACCCUGAAAACUUUGAGUUUCUCAUUUCCUCCUAAUACAGUGACUGGCAGUGAAAGAGUUCAGAUCACCGCAAUUGGAGAUGUUCUUGGUCCUUCCAUCAAUGGCUUAGCCUCAUUGAUUCGGAUGCCUUAUGGCUGUGGUGAACAGAACAUGAUAAAUUUUGCUCCAAAUAUUUACAUUUUGGAUUAUCUGACUAAAAAGAAACAACUGACAGAUAAUUUGAAAGAAAAAGCUCUUUCAUUUAUGAGGCAAGGUUACCAGAGAGAACUUCUCUAUCAGAGGGAAGAUGGCUCUUUCAGUGCUUUUGGGAAUUAUGACCCUUCUGGGAGCACUUGGUUGUCAGCUUUUGUUUUAAGAUGUUUCCUUGAAGCCGAUCCUUACAUAGAUAUUGAUCAGAAUGUGUUACACAGAACAUACACUUGGCUUAAAGGACAUCAGAAAUCCAACGGUGAAUUUUGGGAGCCAGGAAGAGUGAUUCAUAGUGAGCUUCAAGGUGGCAAUAAAAGUCCAGGAACACUUACAGCCUAUAUUGUAACUUCUCUCCUGGGAUAUAGAAAGUAUCAGCCUAACAUUGAUGUGCAAGAGUCUAUCCAUUUUUUGGAGUCUGAAUUCAGUAAAGGAAUUUCAGACAAUUAUACUCUAGCCCUUAUAACUUAUGCAUUGUCAUCAGUGGGGAGUCCUAAAGCGAAGGAAGCUUUGAAUAUGCUGACUUGGAGAGCAGAACAAGAAGGAGGCAUGCAAUUCUGGGUGUCAUCACAGUCCAAACUUUCUGACUCCUGGCAGCCACGAUCCCUGGAUAUUGAAGUUGCAGCCUAUGCACUGCUCUCACACUUCUUACAAUUUCAGACUUCUGAGGGAAUCCCAAUUAUGAGGUGGCUAAGCAGGCAAAGAAAUAGCUUGGGUGGUUUUGCAUCUACUCAGGAUACCACUGUGGCUUUAAAGGCUCUGUCUGAAUUUGCAGCUCUAAUGAAUACAGAAAGGACAAAUAUCCAAGUGACCGUGACGGGGCCUAGCUCACCAAGUCCUGUAAAGUUUCUGAUUGACACACACAACCGCUUACUCCUUCAGACAGCAGAGCUUGCUGUGGUACAGCCAACUGCAGUUAAUAUUUCUGCAAAUGGUUUUGGAUUUGCUAUUUGUCAGCUCAAUGUUGUAUAUAAUGCGAAGGCUUCUGGGUCAUCUAGAAGACGAAGAUCUAUCCAAAAUCAAGAAGCCUUUGAUUUAGAUGUUGCUGUAAAAGAAAAUAAAGAUGAUCUCAACCAUGUGGAUUUGAAUGUGUGUACAAGCUUUUCAGGCCCAGCUAGGAGUGGCAUGGCUCUUAUGGAAGUUAACCUACUAAGUGGCUUUAUGGUGCCUUCAGACGCAAUUCCUCUGAGUGAGACAGUGAAGAAAGUGGAAUACGAUCAUGGAAAACUCAACCUCUAUUUAGAUUCUGUAAACGAAACCCAGUUUUGUGUUAAUAUUCCUGCUGUGAGAAACUUUAAAGUUUCAAAUACCCAAGAUGCUUCAGUGUCCAUAGUGGAUUACUAUGAACCAAUUUUUUGGUCCUUUAGGGGGAAGGCCAAACCCUUAGGACCGGAGGCUGGAGAUCUUGAAGGAGCCGGGGUCCCUAAUGACUAUGGAGCCACCAUGAACCACCUACCUUUGGAUUUCUUCUGCAACCUCCCGGAAGCCUCUCUGGUGUACCUGACUCCACUCCUGCGCAGUUACCAUCUCUACUUCUGGACACUCUAGCCCUCCUGGAUCCUGUUUGGUCUCUCCCUUGUCACCAAGUGCACCAUAGACACUGCUUCCAUGGCCUGAACUAUCUUUCCAUUUGCCUGUAUCACACUGAAGCUGAAGAAGUCCCAACUCCCCUGCGAAGCCUUCUCAGAUUUUAUGUUCUUUCUUAAUGUAUUUACUCCAGGGAACCCAAUGGAACCAAUUGUUUAACAACUGCUACAUUCUACUGUAAGUCAUUGUUUCAAGUAUAUUUCUUGCUCAACAAUUGUAUUGAUGGCUUCUUUUAGAAACAAAAUAUACAAUAAAUGAUGAGGAAUAUUGCUGUUAUCAAAAGUAACAUUUUAGAAUAAUGACAAAUAUUAUCCACUUAAAUAAUUUAUGGCUUCCAAUUGCUUUAUCAUUUUUGGUUAAAGCUGAUGGAGUUUUUUUCCUAAAAUUAUGAUUUUAAAAUAAUUUUACUUUUAAGUGCAUUACGUACAUAUAUUAGGUUGGUGCAAAAUUGCAGUUUUUGCCAUUACUUUUAACGUAUAUUAACUGCAAUUACUUUUGUACCAACCUAUACUUAGUUAAUGACAUACUUUUAUUUGAAGAGUAAGUCACUUAAAAAAAUACAAAGAUGUUACAUAUAUUGCUUUAGUGCUAGUGAAUACUUCUUUUUUCAUAUUUUGGAAAGGAGAGUUUACGGUUAAUGGAGAUGUUUCAUGGAAAUAUUUAAAACUAGUCGUGUUUACACAUGAAUUAAAUUCCUUUUCUCUUCAGUAUAAACAUUUUUGCAGAACAGAGUAUUCUGUGCUGGGAAAUUCCUUUCUGUUUUACCUAUACUGUGUUGAACUUAGGCAAGCACAUAGCAUAUGCUAUAUUAAAUCAGAAUAGACCUACUUAUUUUGAUUAAUAAUGACUUCUUGAGCCAUCUAUUAUUUCUUCAUUGAAGAAUAACAAGGUUACUGUGGGACUUUAUUUUUUAGCUCUAAAUAGAACUAUAUUCAACUAAGGGCAA